AUGGGGCCAGAUGGGAUCUACCCAAGAGUACUGAGGGAGCUGGCAGAGGAGCUCACCAAGCUGCUCUCCAUCAUUUAUCAACAGUCCUGGUUAACAGAAGAGAGCCAAGAUGACUGGAGGCUUGCUAGUGUGAUGCCUGUCUACAAGAAGGGCCGGAAGGAGGAUCCAAGGAACUACAGGCCAGUCAGGUGUGGAGCCGUGCUGUGGAAUGAGAGUGCUCAGUGGGCAAGUCCAUUUUGUGAGGAACCUAGUGAUCUUUGUGCAUCUCAGCCAUGCCUGAAUGGGGGCAUAUGCCAAUAUAAUCAAUCUGGAUAUGUUUGUGAUUGUCUUGCUGGUUUUCUGGGUCACAACUGUGAAAUUGAUGUCAAUGAAUGUUCUUCAAGACCAUGUCAGAACAGAGGAGAAUUCUGUGAGGUGCAAAUUGAUAACUGUGGUUCCAAUUCAUGUGACAAUGGAGGAACAUGCACUGACUAUGAAGAUCAUUUUAAGUGCACUUGCCCUACAGGUUUUGAAGGUGAAAGAUGUGAAGUGGAUAUUGACGCCUGCCUAUUCUACAAUAUAAGCUGUGCCCCAGGAGCACUGUGUAUGGAUAAAUCUCAUGGAUUUAAUUACACAUGUUUAUCACUAUGUAUUGGAAACACAGAGGUAUGUGCAAAUGGAGGUAGCUGCUUCUACGAUGAAGAAAACCAGAAAUAUCACUGUGUCUGUGCUCUUGGAUGGACAGGACAAACAUGCCUGGAGAAUAUUAAUGACUGUGAGGUAAACCAGUGCCUACAUGGAGCCACAUGUGAAGAUGGAAUUAAUAAAUACAGACUGUUUUUUUGUUUUGUUUUGUUCUUUCAUUUCAAUAACAGGUGCAUAUGCCCCCUUGGUUACACUGGCACAUUUUGUGAACUUGAUAUAGACAAUUGCAUUGGAAACCAGUGUUCUGAAUAUGGCUUCUGCCAGGACCACUUGCAUAAUUACAGCUGUAACUGUGUGCCUGGAUAUGAAGGGCCCUUCUGUGAAGCUGAAAUUAAUGAAUGCUCAAGUUCACCUUGCAAAAAUGGAGCUACCUGUAUGGAUUUAAUUGGCCACUUUUCAUGUCUUUGUGCUGCUGGGUUCAACGGAGAAACAUGUUCUGUUCGCAUGAAUGAGUGUCUAGACAGACCCUGUUGGAAUGGAGGAACCUGUGAAGAGGACAUAAAUGGCUUCAAAUGCAAUUGCCCCUUUGGAUUUGAAGGUCUGAACUGUGAAAUCAACUUUGAUGAGUGCAGCUAUGGCUUCUGUAAAAGCAAUUCAACUUGUUUAGACCUGGUUGCAGACUACAGUUGUGUUUGUCCUCCAGGAUUCACUGACAAAAACUGUUCCACGGAUAUUCGUGAAUGUUCCUUCAACCCCUGCAAAAAUGGAGGACAUUGCCAUGAUUUGAUUGGUGAAUUUUACUGUAGCUGUUUGCCAGGUUUUACUGGUCAGUUUUGCGAAGUAGGUGUGGCUGCCUGCCUCUCACAACCGUGUGGAGCCUCCAGCAUCUGUAAAGACAUAUUGGGUGGCUACCUUUGUUUCUGUGCACCUGGUUUUAUAGGUAAUAACUGUGAGAUUGAGGUGGAUGAGUGUCUUAGUGACCCUUGUCACAAUGGAGCUACUUGUAUUGAUCAUCUGAAUGCCUUCAGUUGCAUCUGUCAGCAUGGAUUUCAAGGCACGACUUGUGAAGCAAAUAUAAAUGAAUGUCACUCUUCUCCAUGUCUUCAUAAUGCAUCAUGUGCAGACCUUAUUGGUCGCUAUGAAUGCAUCUGUCUACCUGGCUUUACUGGUGCAAGAUGCGAAACAGAUAUAGAUGAGUGUGCUUCAUUUCCCUGCAAGAAUGGAGCCACCUGCAUUGACCAACCUGGCAAUUAUUUCUGCCAAUGUGUGGCUCCGUUUAAAGGUUUGAACUGUGAGUUUAUGCCUUGUGAGGCCAGCAAUCCCUGUGAGAAUGGAGCUGUGUGCAUAGAAGAAAUGAAUUUGGACAUUUUCCCCCUUGGAUUCCAGUGCCAGUGUGUGAAAGGCUUUGCAGGUCCGCGUUGUGAGAUCAAUGUCAAUGAGUGCAGUUCUAACCCUUGCCUCCACGGAUACUGCUAUGACAUUGUAGAUGGCUUCUACUGUUUGUGCAACCCAGGAUAUGCAGGACUGAAAUGUGACCAGGACAUUGAUGACUGCAUAAUCAAUGCUUGUGAACACAAUUCUACAUGUGUUGAUCUACAUCUGAGAUACCAAUGCAUUUGCUUGCCUGGAUGGGAAGGAACGUUUUGUGAAUAUGAAUCAAAUGAAUGUAAUUCAGGGCCUUGUAAAAACAACGGCACCUGCAUGGAUCUUUUCAACAGCUAUAGAUGCACAUGUACAGCAGGGUGGACAGGGCCAGACUGCAGUGAAGAUAUAAAUGAAUGUGAUUCUGAACCAUGCUUGAAUGGAGCCACCUGUUAUGAAUCUGUGAAGCAGGGACAGUUCGUAUGCAUUUGCCCUCCAUUUUAUACUGGUGACUUCUGCCAUCAGCGCUUCAGUCCCUGUGAGCUGCCUUACAAUCCAUGCACAAAUAAUUCAACCUGCUUGGCACAAGUCGAUGGAAGUCCAAUGUGCAUUUGCAAAACAGGAUUUGAAGGUACUUACUGUGAAGUUAACAGUAAUGAGUGCAUCUCACAUCCAUGCCAGAAUGAAGGUCUCUGCGUGGAUGGGAUUAACCAUUACAGGUGCUUCUGCCAACAUGGCUUUACUGGGACAGUAUGUGAAGUGGAGAUCAAUGAAUGCUUAUCAAGACCCUGCAAAAACAAUGGAACUUGCCUGGAUCUCGUAAACAGAUUCAUCUGUAGUUGUGCACCUGGAUACUAUGGGUCUCUGUGUGAGAUGGAUGUAAAUGAGUGUGAAACUUUGCCUUGCUUGCAUGGAGGAAGCUGCAUCAACAAGCUUGGAGGAUAUCAGUGUUUCUGUCCCCCUGGAUUCACAGGUGGUAGGUGUGAAGUAAAUAUAGACGAAUGUAUAUCUGCUCCUUGCCUCAACAAUGGAAGUUGCAUUGACGACAUCAGUUCCUAUAAGUGUCACUGUAGGAGAGGUUUUGUUGGAACAAACUGCGAGAUAGAUGCUAAUGAAUGCUUGCCAGAUCCUUGUCUUCAUGGAAGGUGUAUAGAUCUCAUUGAUGGAUAUCAGUGCUCUUGUGAAUCAGGAUGGACCAGCUCAAGAUGUGAGAUAAAUAUUAAUGAAUGUGAAUCUGCUCCCUGCAUUAAUGGAGGUUCUUGUCAAGAUGCAGUCAGUGCAUUUGUUUGUACUUGCCUGAGUGGGUACACUGGCAGGUUUUGUGAAGUUGAUGUUGAUGUUUGCAGUGAGCCCACACUGAACUCAGUUCUCUGUUAUAACGGAGGCGUAUGUGUUGAUGGACCUGGAAGAGCUUUUCAUUGCAGGUGUCUUGCUGGAUUUUCUGGACUGUUUUGUGAAGUAGAAGUUAAUGAGUGUAAUUCAUCACCUUGUCUACAUGGCUCAACCUGCAAAGAUCAUAUCAAUGGAUACACAUGUAAAUGUCAACAAGGAUGGGAAGGCCUCCAUUGUGAGUUAGAUGUUGAUGAGUGCGUAUCAAACCCCUGCAUACAUGGCAUCUGUGUUCAGAAGGAGCCCAGCUUUGGUUACUCCUGUUUUUGCAAACCUGGAUUUGUGGGACGAAGCUGUGAGCUUAAUUACAAUGAUUGCCUUAUACAGUCCUGCUCCACUGGGUUCCUUUGUGUAGAUGGAAUAAACAAUAUCACCUGUUUACCUGCUAUCCCCCAUAGCAAGAAAACUGUUACUGAAGUGGCUGAAGAGUUUCCUGCUGAGAUUUUAGACAAUGACCUUCCAUCAGCCCUGUCUGUGUCUAUGGAACUUUGGUCUAAACAUACUUCUGAUAAUCAUACAGGAGAGGUGUCCCAAGAUUUUAGUUAUGCUCGCUAUCACGGUGAUUCUUACCUGGAAUUUCAAGGCUUGCAUUUGAACAUGCAAAACUUCAUCCAGUUGGAAUUUAAGACCUAUAAUCCUCAUGGACUCCUCCUGUAUAUUGAACAAGGCCCAGGACAUUUUUUAAUGCAGCUUUUCAUCAAUCAUGGUACCUUACAGUACCAGUUUUUAUGUGAUGAAGCAGCAGAAGUCAAAAACAUCACUACUACUGCUAGAGUGGAUGAUGGACACUGGUAUAAAGUACAAAUUAGGCAAGGCAUGGUACCAUGUGAAGCAGAAAUGUCAGUCCUGGGGAUAUCUGCAAAGACAAGUAUGUCUAGCAAUUUCUGGUCCAGUUCAUAUUGGCUUGAAACAGGAUCCUUAUUUGUUGGUGGUUUGCCUCAUCAUUAUGCAAUAAAUCAGAUACCUGGACCUGUCUACAAUUUCACUGGUUGUAUACAAGUCACAGAAAUCAAUAAAGUGGGACCUUUCAACUUCUCUAAUGCUGUGGGAAGAAAUAAUGUUGACAAUUGCAGGAUCCCUGUACCCCCACGUCUGUCAACAGAACUCCCUGUGGUUUCUUCUGAUGUGCCUGAGGUGCCUGAGCCUGUUGUGCCCUCUCAGAUUUCCCCCGAAUUACCGUCCGUAUGCCAGGAAGGACUGUGCCAUAACGGAGGGACUUGUCAUCCUCUCUCCCUGCCUACUGGGGCCACCUCGUUCCAGUGCGACUGCCCACUACAUUUCACUGGUAGAUUCUGCGAAAAAGACACAGCACUGUUUUUUCCAUCCUUCACUGGAAAUUCUUAUUUGGAACUACCUUCUCUGACAUCUGUAUCUGAGACCAGGACUGCAUCUGGGCAGGAAACACACAAUUUGACAACUCUGUACUUGACAGUGAAAACAACUGCUCUAAAUGGCACAAUUCUUUACACUAGUGAAAGGAAUUUUGGAGAACAGUUUCUUCACUUGUAUCUUGUGGAAGGAAGACCAACAGUUCGAUUCAGCUGUGGAAACUCUCAGAACAUUCUGACUGUAUCCGUCAAUCAAUCCAUUAACAAGGGUGUACCCAUCCCUAUCACAAUAAGCUAUAUGUUGCCUGUGAGCAGUCCUGAAGGUCACUGUAUGAUUGAAAUGGCUGCAAAUGGAAAUCAUCCUGUACAACACAGACUUUCUCUCUCGUAUCGAGCAUCUCGGAUCACCUUUGGAUCAAUCUUCCUUGGAAAUGUUCCUGUUCAUGAAGAGGUUCAUCGGUGUGCUGGGCAGAUACAUGGCUAUAAAGGAUGCAUUAGGGAUUUUCAAGUUAACAACAAAGAGUUGUUCAUUAUAGAUGAGGCUCUUGGGGGGAGGAAUGUUGAGAACUGCAAUGUUCCGAUAUGUGAUUAUCAUCCGUGUCGCAAUGGUGGGACCUGCACUAGUGAUGCAGAAAAUUGGUUUUGUGAAUGCCCUAAACUCUACUCUGGAAAACUCUGCCAGUUCGCGACUUGUGAUGAAAAUCCAUGUGGAAACGGUGCUACGUGUUUUCCAAAGUCCAGGCGAGAUGCUGUUUGCCUUUGUCCAUAUGGAAGAUCUGGCAUCCUCUGCAGUGAUGCUAUUAAUAUUACCCAACCUAGUUUUAGUGGCACAGAUGUCUUCGGUUAUACCUCAUUCCUAGCUUAUUCUACAAUCCCAAAUAUCACCUUCUACUACGAAUUCCGCUUGAAAUUUCAGUUGGCAAACCACCACUCAGCUUUACAAGAUAACUUGAUUUUUUUCACUGGACAGAAGGGCCAAGGUCUGAGUGGAGAUGAUUUCUUGGAGUUAGGCCUCCGUAAUGGCAGAGUAGUAUAUAGCUACAAUCUAGGUUCUGGCACAGCAACAAUCACUAGUAAACCACUUGAUCUGACACUCAAUAUUCAUGUUGUCCAUCUUGGCAGAUAUUUCCAAAAAGGCUGGCUGAAGGUGGAUGAUCAGAAGAAUAAAACUGUCACUUCUCCUGGGAGACUAGUUGGACUCAAUGUCUUCAGUCAGUUUUAUUUAGGAGGCUUUCACGAGUAUACUCCAGAACUCCUACCAAAAGGAUACAGAUUUAAGGAUGGCUUUCAAGGUUGCAUUUUUGAUGUUCAAGUUCGCACCAGCAUGAAUCAAGAGUUUAAAUCACCAGGAACUCCAGAAGGUCACCCCAAUUCCGGUCGCAGUGUUGGACAAUGUAAAGAUUCCCCAUGCAGUUUAAUAAAAUGCAGAAAUGGUGGGAAGUGCAUAGAAGGUGGCUCUACUGUUUACUGUGACUGCCCCACUGGAUGGAAAGGUGCAUUUUGCACAGAAACGGUGUCAGUAUGUGAACCAGAGCACAAUCCUCCACAUCUGUGUAAGCAAGGUGGUACCUGUGUACCGCUGCCUGAUGGCUACACAUGUCAUUGUCCUCUUGGAACAACCGGUACCUAUUGCGAAACAGAUAUUUCCAUUAGUGAUCCAUCUUUCAGAAGUAAUGAAUCAUCAUGGAUGUCAUUUGCACCCUUUUACAUCCGGCAUAAGACCCAUAUCAAACUACAGUUUCAGCCUCUGUCUCCGGACGGUAUCCUGUUUUACACUGCACAGCACUUGGGUACUCAGUCAGGUGACUUUCUGUGUAUAUCAUUAGUAAAUGGAUUUAUACAGUUACGCUACAAUCUCGGAGACAAGACAGUCAUCCUACAGACCUUUCAGAAGGUCCAUGCAAAUGGAAAUACAUGGCAUUCACUCAAAGCAGGCAGAGCUGGCAACGAAGGCUACCUGGACCUGGACGGUAUCAACAUCACUCAAAAAGCUAGUCCCGGGAUGAACGCGCUGGACGCGCACACGGAUUUUUUUGUUGGAGGGGUGUCCUCCUUAAGCCUUGUUAAUUCAAUGGCAGUAGAAAAUGAACCCACAGGUUUCACCGGCUGUAUACGAGAAAUCGUUAUAAAUAACAAGGAACUGAAGCUUACCGUGACCGACCCCAACGGUGGGGCCAACGUUGGUGACUGUGACGGAACAGUCUGUGGGUACGCAGUGUGCAAAAACAACGGAACGUGUCAAGUUGAAAACUCGGGCUUUUCUUGUUCUUGCCCACAGGAGUGGGUAGGGAGCACAUGUGAACAAUCCAUUCACUGUUCGCAAAACAGGUGCGGGUCUCAAGCUCUCUGUAUUCCUCAACCUACUUCGGCUUCGUAUGUCUGUGUGUGCGCACUAGGCUGGUCAGGCAAGUACUGCGAUAGCAAAAUCAGGUUUUUUAUAGCAAAGUUCAUCGGCAACUCCUACAUCAAAUACACAGAUCCUUAUUAUGGAAAGAGAGACCUCCAGUAUAGCCGCAUUUCGUUAAAUUUUACUACCAGUCAAACUGAAGGCUUAAUAGUAUGGAUGGGAAAAGGUGAAGAUGAAGAUAAUGAUUUCCUUGCCAUUGGUCUUGCCAAUGGAACGUUAAAAGUUGUGAUUAAUCUUGGGGAAAGAAUCUCUGUUCCUCUAAUUCAUAGCAAGUACUCCACCUGUUGUGAUGAAAAAUGGCAUUUCGUUACUGUAGUUCAAAACCAAACGUGUAUUAAGGUAUAUCUUGAUGAGGAGCUAAUCCUUUUUGAAGAUAUUGAUCCACAGAGAAAAUACACUGCUUUAAACUAUGGUGGCAUUUGUUAUUUUGGUGGGUUUGAAAUUGGCAGGGAAGUCAGUAUAGUCACUGCAGGGCUUUUUCAGAAGGAAUUUGUUGGUAAAAUAAAAGAUGUUGUGCUCUUCCAAGAUUCUAAGAAGAUUCAGCUAAUGACAGGAGAAGGGUAUAACGUUUACGAUGGAAAUUAUGGAAAUUGAAAACUGUUGAAGACUCUUUAGAAGUGAUGACUUUCCUUUUCCUCCUGUUUGUUGCUUUAGCUGGCAGUGUAAGGCUCAGGAACCAACGUAAGCAAGCGCUUAAUAAAAUCAUCCCUAGCUCCUUUUUCUUUUUAAUAUUGAGUAUUAAUAGCACAUAUGAAAUGCAAUCCAAUGUUUUACUCACAGAAUCACUUACACGUACCCUUUAGCAUUUAUUUUAAAACAAUGGGAAAGUCUGCAAUUUUUCCUUUAUUGUGCUGAAAAUAGUUUUGUAGACAAGUAGGCAGUAAAUAGGUUAUGAAGCCAACUGUCACUCCAGGAUUGUUUGUUGCAAUAUGAGAACAGAGAACUUACCUGUUUCUCCAAAACUAUUGAAUUUUAUUAGAACACAGUUUCUCUUUUAUAAUUUCGUAAUAUCAAGGUCAAGUGUAAAAAACAGAAAUUGGGGAAGGGAAGAAAAGCCGUACUUGGAGCAAAAAGUGCACUCACAGCAAUGUGAAUUUUUAAAAAUCAUAACAUUUGUAAUUACUGGCUAAAUCCACAAAGGUAACAAAGUUGUUCUCCCUCCCUUCUGAGCCUCUACCCAUCACAUAUGCAUUUAUGUAAAAGGGUAGACCCCACGCCUGUCUUCCCGCCUAAUUAGUACACUUAAAGAACUAUAUUAAGGGCAGAACAUUGCUGAGCAGACAUCAAACACGCCUGCUGAUUUUCUCCAGCAGAGGUGUCCCCUGCUUGACUACAUGAAAACUUUUUGUUUUAACCGUUCACAGGUGGAAUGUGGGACGGUGGCAGGCAGCCUACAGGUAACUCCUCUUGCUAACAGCUUAAAAAUACUAGAAAGUCUAAGAACUGCUUUGCUUUAGCUAUGCCUUUCUGGCUUAUAUGCCCCUAAAUGAUUAGAUCUUGAAAUUUUACUAGACAAAGGUUUUGGCCACAGUAAAUUGGAUUUCCAUGACUAUAUUUUUCAUUAAUUUAUAAUCUCAAAAGUAAAUAGAGCUCUUCAUAUACAAAUGCAAAACCUCUAUUCCUUCUGAAAAAGCUUGGUUACAUUCUAGUUCAGUGAGCAAUAAAAACCAAAUAAAUCAAGUUAUAUUUUAACAGGUUUGAACAAAUGAUUUAUGAUGGUAUCUACAUUUCUCAUUUGACUGAUGGCUUAGUGUAUAAGUAAAAUACUUCAAUAAAAAUAGUAGCGAU